AUGCAUGAGGUGCGCGAGCUUUGCUUUUUACUAUAUAAUGUACAGAAAAGGAUAUGUGUAGUAAUAGAAAAAUAUGUAUCGGAUAAAAGAAGGAACUUGGCCAGAGCAAGCUGUACAGUUUGCAAGAAAACCUUCAAAAAUCUGAACAGCCUGAGAGCUCACAUAAACCUGGAUUGCAUGAAGUCUUCCAUCCAUAAAUGCAUGGUAUGCUCAUUUACGUCGAAAAGAAGAUUCAACUUGAAGAUGCACUAUAUGACCAAACAUAAGUUUCCCAUGGAUAUUGAACCCCUUUUUGAUAUUGAGUCUUUGCAAAGAUGACAGUAUAAUUUUUUGGAUUCCUAGCUAUCGAAAAACACAAAUUUGAACAUGUUAGUUUUGUAUCAUGCAAGUGCUGUCAGACCUGUUUGUACGAAAUUACCUUUUUUUCUAAUAAGUUUCAUUAAUUUACCAAGUAACUGAACCUGAAGACGGACAUUAUGUAUAAGAAUUUAUUGCAACAAUCAACAAUUUUCUAUCCAGACUUGCUUGAUGCCAUAUGUUUGUAGAACUUUUUGAAUGGUUUCUUAAUGUCCUUUUCGAAAUAUAUGGACCUGUGAGCUUACAUUACGUGGAGAAUAUGUUAGACAGUUGGUAAAACUGAUUUCUUGGAAACUCCCAAAGUUUUUGUUACAGGGAAUUUUUGCUUACCUAAAGAACGUGUGCCUUUCUAGGUGCACUCAAUAUCUCUACUUUGGACUUAGUGAUAUAAACCAAAGGUGCUUUUUAAAUUAUAAUAUGAGGUGUUUUGGAUAGAGGACCAGCAACGUAAGAGUCGCGACAUCUUGUUGUACACGGUACUCUUUAAUGGAAUAUAUACAUAUUUCUUAUAACUGCUCUUUAAGAUGAAAUUGGAACAAAUCUCUAAAAUUCUUAGAUGGAAUUCUGUUACUGAGUCACGUAAAUUAUGCUGUAGCUAGAUUUAGUGAUUACCUGCGUGCCUUAUAUAUUUUAUGCAAAUUAACCAUAUCAAAAUCUGAUGUGAUAAUGGACUGUUAUAAUAUUGAAUGUUUGACCAAAGCAAAUAGUUUCAUAUCGUUCACUUGUUCUCAUACUAAUCAAAAUGAGUGCUGUUUUCAGAUUAAUAAACUUUUAAAAUGUAUGAAUUAUCUAUUUGAUUUUCCUUCUUACCUAUCUCAACAGGUGUCACAAUUUAGUGAUAUUAUAGGUAAGCUUCAUUCACGCAAUUUUGUGCUGCUUCUGUGUACAUAUAAAAUUUUGUGCUGCUUCUGUAUACAUAAAAAAUUUUGUGCACUAGUUUUUUAAAUACACAUAUUUUAAAUUCGAGGUAUUGAGUCUACUCAACUGACGUAAAGCGGUCAAGCUUUUAUGCUGGAUAGUAGGACCAUGGGACAGCUUUGACAGUUUGACAGCGUUUUCACUUGGUUAUCAGAUUUGAUAGUUUGUUGAUCAGCCGAUAUGUUUGCAUUGCAUAUCUGUCCCCAAGACUGCGUAGUUUUAGUGCAUGCUUCUGACUCAUUUGACUACUAGAAUGACAAUGUAUCAACAUAAUAGUACUUACCGACGGAAAAAUCUACCUCGAUUAGGCUUGUGUCGAUCUUUGCAAAUGAUGAAAGAAGUACCAUAUCCUGAAAUCGUUUAACACACGAUUAUCUGCAAAUACUACCACUUUUAAAAAUAACACUAAAAUAUGAGUUUAAUGACAGAACUGUCACUUUCAUCCUGACUACACAGAUAUUUUGGAGUCAAACAAAUCGCAGCCUCUACCUAGUCUGAAUUCAUUGGUUCUUUCCAACAAUAUAUUUCUGUCAGUUUCGAACGGUCAUUUCCUGUGUAACAGAUCUAAUCAGCGUGAAGCUAGAUCAUUAAUGUAUAUUUAUGUAUUAUUUGAUAGACAGAAAUUUCUUGUCAGAAAGAACCGACUAUUCCACGGUUACCUCUCUUCAGCAUAAAAGCUGUGAACCGCUGGACUGCUUCAUACUAGCUGAAUGUACCUAAUAUCAUUACUUUUAAGAUGUCUUUUUGUCAUACUGGUUACAUAAGCUGAUAAUUCAUCAUUGUUGGUCAUAGGAGGAGUACUGGAUCAAAAAGACAAUGUUAGAACAACUUUUUCAGGUUACAUUUUGAUUUUCAUCUCGACUCAUGCCUUGUAACAUUAGAACAUUGCUAUAUAAUUGCAUUUUUAGAAGGAAACGUAUACCAAGUCCGCAGCCUCGUGCGCAGCGUUGAUCACCUUUUGGAAAGAAUACCGACAGUAGAGAUGUUGAGCAACAAGUCAGCUAGAAAGAUGUGUAGAUGGUGUCAUUUGAAAGAUGUGAGGAGAUACAGUAGAUAUCAUUGCACCAAAUGUCCAGGUCUUCCAGGGUUCUGUGUUUACCCUUGCUUCAAAGAGUUCCACGAACAUUACAAAAUAUGAGCACGGCUAAAAAGACUGACGUUUUUAUUGAUGCUUAGGAAGAAUGCUUUUAUUUGAUUUGUAGAACACGUUACUGCUUCCUAUGGUCAGUUUAUUUUGAAUGGUUAUGAACGGUGUUGAGUCAUUUCUAUUAACUCAGUGCCACUUGACCCUAAUGCCUUUAAAUCUGCUGUUAUCAAAAUGUAUCUAGAACAUAUUAGUAUAUACUUUUUUAUGUUUUCAGGCUUGACAUAGUAAACUGACUAUAGUGUUGACUAACAGAUACAUCGAUUUUAAAUAUUAAUGAGGUUUCUGUACUUAGGUAGUAUUGCGCUCUAAAUAUUUUGAAGCAGUGUGAGCUCAUAUAUCUCUGUGGUAUACAGAUCUCAAGCUUUAUACUUGGAACAUAUUAUCCGCAAUACCACUCUAAACAGUUCUUGACACACUGUGUAUAAUAACAGUUAUUUAAAAUGGCAUUUUUACGUUAUGUUAAUAAUGUGUAGAUUUCAAAUGUUGUUGUUUUAUUGCUCUUAGUUAUUUUACACUUUUAGAUUUAGCGUUAUCAUAUAUAUUUUUUUUAAAUAUAUUAUUAUUUGCUCUCCG